AUGCGAGCUCCUCCUCCGAAGCGUUUUUGGGCAUGGGCGGCGGUUAUCUGCUUGGGGGCUUUCUAUGCCUUCUCCGUCGCACAGGCAGGGAGCCAGAUGUCCUUGACAGGCUACAGACCCCUGCAGUAUAAAGCAGCGGCCAACUUCCCCUUGGGCCCUUGGGGCCGCGUGUCGCUUCCGGGGGCCUCCUUGUGCACUUGUGAGAAGCUGUUAGACGGACUGGCGGCGACCGGAGCAGCCUCCUCCCGCGUCCUCUGCGUCGCGAGGGCAACGGCUCUCACCGCCGAACAGGUGGAGAAGCUGCUGGGGCUUUCUCAUUUCGUGCUGGUGUUGCUGCCUCCGGCAGGGGUUCCCCUGAGCGCAGCAGCAGCAGAAGAAAUAAAGCGAAUAGAAAAAUUGCUGCUAGACCGACACAGCGCUGCCUCUGUUGUCUUUGCACGGGAGACAAAGGACGCUACGGCGUUGCUAGAAAGACUGAACAGGGACGGUAAGGAACCUCUAUGGAGCCAAGGGAAUGCAUACCUGCCGCGGCGCGUUGGCCCAGGAGCUGCAGCCUAUCCCGUCUGUCAAGGGCGUUACGCUGACGCUCUCAUGUGGCUGGCCCGAGAGCUGAAGAAGAUCUACAAACAAGAACCGCUCAACUACAGCGUCGCCUUCGUCUUGGCGGAUGCAAGCGCAAUGAACUACGAAGGGGUUUUGGAGUGGAUAGGGCGCGCAGACCCGAGGCUGCUGAAUGCCACGCGGUACGUUUUGUGCUUGGACAAUGUAGCGUCCACCUCGCUGAGUCUACACACUCCGAAAGCCUACAAAGACCCAGAAGCUGCUCGUUUCCUCCAGACACUGGAGAAUGCGAUGAAGGAGGAAGGGGUUCAGCUGACUACCCGCACGAAAAAAAUCGCUGCAGGGGAGAAGGUGUUGUCGUUCUGGCCCCACGAGCACUUCACAAGAGCGAAGCUCAUUGCAGGGACUCUUUCAGCGGAAGCUGAACUCAAACACCUCUGGAAUCGAAGCUCUCUGACGGAUGACAGCCUGAGUAAAGACGCGCUUGUGAAGACCGUACGCGGCCUUGCAGAAGGCACUGCGCGGUUCUUGGCGAACUCGAGAGACCAGAAUACUCGCUUGACAUUCAAAGGAGGCGAAGAGGAAUUGGAGGUCUUCAUCAGCUCAUGGGUUCAGUUCUGUAACAAAACCCCCAGGCAAGCGGAUGCUGCUGGCACGGCCAUAGUCGCCCACACGCCCACGACGCAGUCAUUUACACCUGCGGGAGCACCGACUCGCUAUGUUGUUGUUGUAAAUGGGUUCUUCGCCUACAGAAACGUUGCAGAUUACAUGGGCUCUUCCUUUGCAAACCGCGUGUUUUUGAAAUCUUUGGCGGAUGAGAUGGAGAACGCUGGACUGACCACUGAGAUGCAUGAAUUCGACGUAGACAUGGGAGGCUUUUCUUUCUCUUAUGAGCCCCCAGUAACCCUUGAAAUAGCGGAGAGCCGCUCCACUUUCUUUGACUGGCUUCUUUUGCUUGGGGCUGUCACUUACUCUAUUGCUAUUUACUUGGCAAUUAGGGGCGCCGCGUCUACGAAAUUGCUGGAAAGUGAGUUAUACAAAAAUGUGCUCGUCUGUGCCCUGUCACGCCGCCUCUCCUGCGAGCGCCCGGACUUCUCAUGCUCACGAGGGGAAGUCGAAGCUCUAGAAGUGCAUUUGAAUGAAGUUGUCGAAUGUUUGCAACCGUGA